CAGGCUUCUUAUAAACAGCUACCACUCCAAAGGACUUGUACGACUUGCUCAUUCAUAGAGUCUCAUUAGUCUCGCCAACAACUAUGCUUGCCUCUCGAAGAGUAACAUCUGGUCUGACGCUUCGCACGCUCGGAAGGCGUUGUGCAAGCACAGCUGAGACGAAGGAUAAAUACAGGGUCGUGGUGAUUGGUGCUGGUACAGCAGGGCUUACUGCUGCGAAUCAGCUAUACAACCGCUUCAAAGCUGCUGGGAAAACGUUGAACGAAGGCGACAUCGCUAUCAUAGACUCAGCCGAGUAUCACCAUUACCAGCCUGGAUGGACACUGGUCGGCUCUGGUCUGAAGACGAAGACAGAACUUCGCAGACCUGUCUCUAGUCUCAUUCCAUCCCACCUCAGCCAUAUUUCGGAGAAUGUCCAGUCUUUCGACCCAACCUCCAACUCCAUCACCACCAGCUCCGGACGAACCCUCUCAUACGACUCCCUUAUCGUCGCACCAGGGCUCCAAUCCAACUUCGACCAGAUUGAAGGCCUGUCAAAGGCCCUCGCUGACCCGUCUUCUGGCGUCUCGUCCAUCUAUUCUUAUAACACCUGCGACAAGGUCUGGCGCGACAUCGACGCACUUCGCUCGGGUAGAGCCAUCUUCACACAACCGCAGGGUAUCAUCAAAUGUGCAGGAGCCCCUCAAAAGAUUAUGUGGAUGGCCUGGGACAGAUACAGAAGGACAGGUCGUCGGGACAACAUUCAGAUUGAUUUCAGGACUGGGAUGCCUUCGAUGUUCAGUGUCAAGAAGUACUCCGAUGCCUUGAACGACUUGAGGAUAGAACGUGGCGUUGGUGCCGAAUUCCAGCAUAACCUCGUCUCAGUCGAUGCGGCGAACCGAAAGGCGACCUUCAAGAACCUAACGGACAACUCCACAGUGACCGAAGACUACACCUUCCUUCAUGCCGUGCCUCCCAUGGGCCCUAUCAAUGUCCUCAAGGGAUCGCCCAUCGCGGAUGCUGCAGGCUGGGUUGAUGUCAACGCUGGUACUCUUCAGCACAAUAAGCCUGAAUUCUCGAACGUUUGGUCGUUGGGAGAUGCCUCGUCGUUGCCCACAAGUAAGACUGCUGCAGCCAUUGCCUCUCAAGCACCUGUCCUUGUUGAGAACCUCUUCCAAUUCAUGGACACCGGCAAGGUUGGUGCCGCGAGAUAUGAUGGCUACACUAGCUGCCCUCUCCUCACUGGCUACGGUCAACUCAUGCUCGCUGAGUUCAAGUAUGGUCUUGUCCCCUCGGAAACCUUUGCUGGGUAUCUCGGUGACCAGAAGCAGCCUCAAAGGCUGUUCUACCACAUGAAGAAGGACUUCUUCCCCUGGGUCUAUUACCAAUAUUUCCUCAAGGGCCAGUGGUUCGGUCCCUCCGCCUUUUCCAGGCCUAAGUUUGCGUCCAACUAGAUGAUCUGGAGACGAAGACGGCAUUCUGUACUUUUGCGACCAAUAUAUCAUUAUGCACAUGUCUCAUCCCCUC